ACCGGCCGCGGGGCUGGCGGAGAGGGGCGCCCCCGAGCAGCCCGGCCCGGGGGGCUGCUGGCCACUGCGGGGCUACCGCUAGCCACUGCGGGGCUUCUGCCAGCCACUGCGCGGCUGGGGCCGGAGAGCCCCCCGCCCGCCCUGCCCACCCAGCCCCGCGGAGGGAUGGGGAGGAGACCCGGGCCGGGCACUCGCGGGGGCAGCGCCCAGCCCGGCUCCCGCCGCUGAGCACCGCAGCAGCGCCGAACCGAGCCGGACCGAGCCGAACCGAGCCGCCCCCCGCCCGGCCGGGCCCCCCGGGCUUCGCCCCUUUGUCUGCGGAGGAGGCGAGGCGGGGGCGCUGCGGGAGCGGAGCCGCCGCCCCGCACCCUGCCAGAGCGGCAGGAUGGCGGAGAAGGGCAUGGAUCCCGCGUGCGUCUCCAUCGCCCUGGAGGACACGGUGUGCCACGCCGGCCCUCCGGACGCCCCGCUGCUCACCACCCACUUGAAGAAGGUGGAGAACCACAUCACGGAGGCGCAGAGGUUUUCCCACCUCCCGAAGCGCUCGGCUGUCAACAUCGAGUUCAUCGACCUGUCCUACUCCGUGCGGGAGGGAUCCUGGUGGAGGAAGAGAGGGUACAAGACUCUCCUCAAAUGCCUGUCAGGGAAGUUCUGCCAGCGGGAGCUCAUUGGGAUCAUGGGCCCCUCGGGAGCUGGGAAAUCCACACUAAUGAACAUCCUGGCUGGCUACAGGGAGACUGGCAUGAAGGGGCAGAUCCUGGUGAACGGGCGGCCGCGGGACCUGCGCACCUUCCGCAAGAUGUCCUGCUACAUCAUGCAGGACGACAUGCUCCUGCCACACCUCACCGUGCUCGAGGCCAUGAUGGUCUCUGCUAACCUGAAGCUGAGCGAGAAGCAGGAGGUGAAGAAGGAACUGGUGAAUGAGAUCCUGACGGCCCUGGGGCUGCUGGAGUGCUCGUACACCCGCACCAGCUCCCUGUCGGGGGGCCAGCGCAAGCGCCUGGCCAUCGCCCUGGAGCUGGUCAACAACCCGCCCGUCAUGUUCUUCGAUGAGCCCACCAGCGGUCUGGACAGUGCCUCCUGCUUCCAGGUGGUGUCCCUGAUGCGCUCCCUGGCUCAGGGUGGGCGCACCAUCAUCUGCACCAUCCACCAGCCCAGCGCCAAGCUCUUCGAGAUGUUCGACAAGCUCUACAUCCUGAGCCAGGGCCAGUGCAUCUUCAAGGGCGUCGUGACCAACCUCAUCCCCUACCUGAAGGGCCUCGGCCUCCACUGCCCCACAUACCACAACCCCGCUGACUUCAUCAUCGAGGUGGCCUCAGGGGAGUACGGGGACCUCAACCCCGUCCUGUUCCGCGCCGUCCAGAAUGGGAUGUGCACCAUGGCCGAGAAGAAGAGCAGCCCUGACAAGGCAGAUCCGUCGUGCCCAACGUGUGGGACGGACGUGGAUCACAUCGAGAGCCACACGUUUGCCACCAGCACCUCAACUCAGUUCUGCAUCCUCUUCAAGAGAACCUUCGUCUGCAUCCUAAGGGACACGGUGCUGACCCACCUGCGGUUCAUGUCCCACAUCUGCAUCGGGGUGCUCAUCGGGCUGCUCUACCUGCACAUCGGCAACGACGCGGGCAAGGUCUUCAACAACACCGGCUUCCUCUUCUUCUCCAUGCUCUUCCUCAUGUUCGCCGCCCUCAUGCCCACCAUCCUCACCUUCCCCCAGGAGAUGACCGUAUUCCUGAGGGAGCACUUGAACUACUGGUACAGCCUCAAAGCCUAUUACCUGGCCAAGACCAUGGCAGAUGUGCCCUUCCAGGUGAUCUGCCCCAUCGCCUACUGCAGCAUCGUGUACUGGAUGACGGGCCAGCCCCCCGAGGCCACGCGCUUCCUGCUCUUCUCCGCCCUGGCCACCGCCACGGCCCUGGUGGCCCAGUCCCUCGGGCUUCUCAUCGGAGCUGCUUCCACUUCCCUGCAGGUGGCCACCUUUGUGGGACCCGUCACUGCCAUCCCCGUGCUGCUCUUCUCGGGCUUCUUCGUCAGCUUCAAGACCAUCCCCACCUACCUGCAGUGGAGCUCCUACGUCUCCUACGUCAGGUAUGGCUUCGAGGGGGUCAUCCUCACCAUCUACGCCAUGGAGCGCGAGGACCUGGAGUGCCUCGAGGACUUCUGCCCUUUCCAAAAGCCCAUCAAGAUCCUGCAGGAGCUGGACGUGGAGGAGGCCAAGCUCUACCUGGACUUCCUCAUCCUGGGCAUCUUCUUCGUCAUCCUGCGGCUCCUGGCUUACCUGGUCCUCAGGUACAAGGUCAAAUCUGAGAGAUAAAGGGGCCGUGGGGCCCCGGUGCCGUUCCCGGGCCUGGCCUGCUGUGAGAGAUGUUCUGCAGAUGGACACGGUGCUCCUGCAGGUCCCGGACCGUGGCGGAGGCACUGGGAGGUGCCAGCCAGGCCUGGCUCAGUCGAGAAGGGUUUUGAGACAUCUCGGAACUGUUUUAACCUUUCCACACACUCUUCAUUGCAAAACGUUUUGUACAGCCCUGGCACGUGCCACUCUCCCCCCCAGCACUGACGAGCCCCACAGAGCUUGGGUCCCCUCUUGUCCCCGCCUGGCGCUGCCCUGGGGACACCAGGGACAGUCCAGCCCAGGCGGUUUGUGCCGAGCACGGCUGGGAGGAGCCUGCUCCGUGCAGGGGCAGCAGCAGGCUGGGGCUGGGCUGGGAGGACAGAGCUGCAGAGUUGGAAGUGCAGCUCACGGCCCGUUCCUCGUCCUGGCCAGCAGCGUGUGAGUCAGUGCUGAGAAGAGCCCAAAGAUGCCGUAGGUGAAGUUGCACAAGGCUUUAGAGUUUCCUGUCGCCGUAGCCACAGAGAUUGCUGCAUCCCCUUUUCCUUUCUGUGCAAAUCCUCUUUCUUUUUUUCCCUUUUUUCUUUGUUUUUCCCCCCACAAACCCCACUGCAUCCCAGUCUUCAUGGAGGGGAAAGGGAGCAAACAGGCAGAGGAGGACUUGGGGCUCUGUCUCAGACUCCUGCUGGGACAUCAUCCUCAGAGAUGGGAUCUUCAAAGCAGGGUCUGUGGGAGCAGGACAAUGUUCUCAGACCUUAGGGAGUCUCACAUUCAGUCCCUGUUGUCUCUGGGGUCUGAGAUGAGAGGGUCUGAGCCAAAUCAACCAACACGGAGAGAAGUGACUGGUCCCUUGCAUGGAGCAAGGGGGAUUUGGGUUCCCACCCCCUGCCCGUGCCAGGAGGCUGAAAAGCAGGGCUGGGCUCAGCUGUGUCACCACUGGAGGCUCUGCUGCAGGAGGAGAGCUGGCCCUGAGCCCUUCCCCUGCAACCUCUCUCCCCCAGCUCCACUGGGGCUGUCUCAGCAGGACAGGGCGGACAAGCCUCGCUCAGCACCGACUGUGCAAGGAGGGGACGCCAAGGACACCUGGCCUGUCACAGUGCCACCCCCCCCAGGGUGACACUGUGCAGAAGGGCGUGCCAGAGUGCCUGAACUGGAAACCAGGUGAGAUCCCAGACUGGUUGGUUUGCAGCGGGCAACCCGGACACUGGGAAGGCCUUUGCACUUAGUGACUGGUACCAGGAGAAGGUCCCUUUUGGCACGUGUCUCUGGUGGCUGCUCCAAAGUCCCACACCUUGCAGAGGGAAGGCAACUCAGCUCCUUGUGGCUCUCCAGAGGAACCCAGCUGAGUCCAGAGCUGCUGGGGCAUCUGCACCUGCUGCUGUGCUGGGAACGCAGCACCCUGCUUGCCUGCACAGCACAGGCUCCGUGGGUGCGCUGGCACUGCUGCCACCGGGCUGCACGUGUCACCCACAGACGUGGGAACCAACAGGAUUUUUGGCAAGCAUGGACGUGGGGGAGGCAGCCCUGCCCCACCCUGCCAGGCUGGCCCUGGUUCAGGUCAGCCUGGGGAUCCUGCUCCUGGCACUCUGAGCAGCCAGGGCUUGCAGGGCAAAUGCCAGAUUCCAGCAGAAUCCUGGACACUGAUCUUUGCUUUGGCUGGCCUGGGCUGGGGCUGCACAGCAGUCUGGCUGGCCUGACACUGAUGCUGGGCUCUCAGCAAAGCUGAGUUUCCCCUACCUGGGGGCAUCGAGGAAUGUUUGGCCAUGGGGCUCUCCUGCACCGAGGGUCUGGAAGCAGGACACACCCUGCUGCCCUUUCCACGCUGAGCAUCAGGGUUUUCCAGGGGCUAUUGUCUGACUUUUCACUGUCCCUCACAAAAUUCCCCUCUGCUCCUGGCUCUCCCUUCAGUGCCGUGCUCUGCAGUGGAGCUGUGCCAGCUGGAGGGCUGCAGUGCUGCCAACCACAGCCACAGGGGCACGGAGGAGUGGGGGACAGUCCCUGUGCCUGCUCUGUCACGAGGUGCACGGAUGGGCUGGGGGAUGUGGGGCUGUCACCCUUCUCCAUCUCUUGUCCCUGGAGCUGAUGGGACUGAUGCCCUGCUUCUGUCCUGCUCUUGGGCUGGGACUAGUCCGUGCUCUGCUGGGCUGAGGCUUUUCCCUGGAUGGAUCCCGAGAUGCAGGAGGUGUCAGUGGGGCAGCUUUGCACAGCUCCUGUUUCCCCCCUCUCGUGCGGGGCUCUCGC